GGGUCAAUUAACCCCCAAACCCUAAUGGAGUUCCGACCCUAAAAUAUAUAUUUCCGUCCUUACCUUAAAAAAUAUAUAUAUAUAUAUAUAUAUGUAUAUAUACACAUAUUUCUUUGUCUAAAAAAACUCAACCUAUUGUUUUAGAACAACCUUAAACAAGAAGAUGUCGAGCUUCAGCUUCCUCGACCUCCAAUACAAUCUCUCCAAACGUAAGUUCUUGAGAAAACCUUCUAGAAUGUUCGAGAAGCAAAACUCAGGCACGGGCGCGGGCGCGGGCACGGGCUACAUGCCGACCGUCGAGGAGCUAAAGAAAGUGUUCGACAAAUUCGACGCGAACAGCGACGGGAAAAUCUCCCCCGACGAGUACAAGGCGAUACUCAAGGCAAUCGGGAAUCGAGCGUUCUUGACGAAGGAGGUGCAAAAGAUAUUCGAGGUCGCCGACUUGGACCGCGACGGGUUCAUCGACUUCGACGAGUUCGUCGACGUGCAACGGAGGGGCGGGUGGGUCAAGACGGCGGACCUAAUGCGCGUGUUCCAGAUGUUCGACAAGGACAACGACGGAAAAAUUACGGUGGACGAGGUGUACGAGAUGUUGCAAAAGCUCGGGGAGCGUUGUAGCUUGCAAGAUUGCCGGAGGAUGGUGAGGGCAGUGGACGCCAACGGGGACGGCGUCGUUGACGCCGACGAGUUCUUGGCUAUGAUGACUCGGACAAUGGCGAUGUACUAGGAUGAAUGUAUGUAUGUAUAUGUAUUCAUGUGUGUUGUGGUUGUGAACAUGUAAGGAAUGUGGAUGAAAGCUUUAGAUUGAUGUAUUAUUUGAUUGGAGUUGAAGUUAAGUUGU